AUGACGGUGAAGGGCGGCACGAACAAUGCUUGCGCCGCUUGCAAGUACCAGCGCCGCCGAUGCCCCUCCGACUGCCCGCUGGCCGCCUACUUCCCCGCCGACCAGCCCAAACAGUUCCAGAACUGCCACCGCCUCUUCGGCGUCAGCAACAUCCUCAAGAUCAUUAACAGGCUCGACCCGCCGCAGAAGGCCGAGGCCAUGAAGUCCAUCAUCUACGAGGCCAACAUCCGCGACCGCGACCCCGUCCACGGCUGCCUCGGCGUCAUCUGCACCCUCCACCUGCAGAUCCAGCACCUGCAGCUGGAGCUCGACACCGCCACCGCUCAGCUCGCGCUCUACCGCCACCACCACCACCAGUCCCUCCAGCUCGCGUCCCCCUUGUCGUCGGGCUCUUCCCCCAUCACCGGCACCGCUGCCAACUGCCUACUCUUCGACAACGGCAUUUCCAUCGUCGAGAGCUGCAGCCGCGCUGACAACAGCGAUAUCAAUACCGUGUAA